GUGGAUCAUUUUUCCCUAUAAGAGCCCACCCAUGUACGAGAAAUCACGCGAGUUCAAUGCCGCCCAAAUCCAGUAGGAGGACAUCUCGACUCUCGAGUCAUUUACCGAGUCAACCACCUUAACUACCACACCAACCCAAGCAAUCCGACUUCGAGCAGACUCUACCUCCAAUCUCUCGCUCGUCCUUUACCCACCGCCCAAAUGUCAAAUCCCGACGACGGAGGAAUUGGGUAUUGGCUGCGAUGGCAAGUGGCAAUCUGUGCUUUCAUCGUCGUCGGCCCUGGAGUGGCGGCCGCUUGUAUUAUUAUCAAGAAAUCCAGAGCCGCAGAGACUCUCUACUACAGCGAUCUCUGGAAAUCCUGCUGGAGAUGCCUCAACCCUCUCUACCUUCUUGUCUUCAGAGCUUUUGCGCUCGUUUGCUUGGCCCCCGUACUCUAUGGAGUCGCCGCUGUCGAUGGGAUCUUUACCUACUAUUUCUACACUCAGUGGACGUUUACGCUUGUGAUGGUCUACUUUGCGUUGGGGACCGUCAUUUCUGCAUAUGGUUGUUACUGGGAAUCCCAAAACCAAUCACCAUCUGGAGCUGGAACCGCUGAAGCCUCUUUGUUUCUUGAGACGGGUUUGGAUGAUAUUGAUAAAGGGGGAAGAGGAAUUAGAGGAACUGAUGAAACAGUACAGUUGAAAGCUGGGUUCUGGGGUUACCUCAUGCUCACUGUAUAUCAGACUUGUGGGGGAGCUGUGAUCCUGACUGACAUUGUGUUCUGGUGUCUUCUUCUUCCAUUUCAAUCCGACGAGCAUUUUCAUCUGGAUGUGUUGAUGGGCUGCAUCCACUCUCUGAAUGUUGCGUUCCUAAUCCUUGAUACUAUCCUCAACAACCUUCCGUUUCCUUGGUUCGGAUUUCUAUAUUUUGUGCUGUGGAGCUGUGUCUACAUGGUUUUCCAAUGGGCGCUUCACGUCGGUGGGAUCUCAGGGUGGCCAUACGAAUUCUUGGAGCUCAAUACGCCAUGGGCUCCCUUAUGGUAUUUCGCCAUCGCUGUGGUGCACGUCCCCUUUUAUGGGAUGUACGUGCUGCUUGUUAAGGCCAAAUACUCACUCCUCCCAAAAUGGUUUCCUGGUGCCUUUGUGAGCAGAUCAUACCACUGAUUCUCCUACUCCUCCAAAUGCGGGCCUUUCAUUCACCUCCGUCGGAUGAUUUCGGGGUGAAAGAAGGGUUGAGCUGAUUGUUAGCAUCAUCCUAGCCAAAUUCGUCUAGUCUAUCAUCAAUCUUGUAGAAAGCUGAGCCGAGAUUAGUAGAUGUUUGUGCCUAGUUCGAUGUCCUUCAGCUGAAGAUUAAUAAUACAUUAUCCCCAGUGAAAGCAGGCUUGGAAGCCAAGCUAAAUGCCACAGCUGCGCCUCUCAGAUUGGCCACUCUGCACAUGGAAGACUAUACCAAGAAUCAUCAGACCAAGUGCAUGUAUUAUCGCUGGAGCAGUUACGAUUUUAGGAGCGAGCGAACAUCUGGAGGGUCUCUACUUUAGGACUUAAAUCACAUAUAUUUGUCCGAGUUGUGAGCUCAUUAGGGGGGAAGUAGCAGGUGAAAUGCCAUUGACUAUUGUACUGUUGUAUUAUUGGUUGAGUGUAUUUAAAGUACAGCUUUGAUAGAGAACAGAACAUAGCUAGAAUACUGCAGAUAGUGAACGCAUAAAUAGCAACACAAUGGAGAGAGAGAGUAUAAACACAGAUUACGUGUUUUGGUUGUUAACCACCAUGAACAAGUGUAUGAUGGACGAGUCUAGAGGUGGCAAAUGGAUUGGAUUGGUGGAUUGGAUUGGUAGAUCCAUGGAUUAAAUGGAUUGGAUCUAAUGGAUUGGUGGAUUUAUGGAUUGGAUCAAGUGGAUUGGUGGAUUAUCCAUGAAUCCAAAUGACAUUCUCAACCAAGGACCAAUAUGUAAAAUGUAAAAAGUUUAGGUACUAAAAUGAUAUAAUGAAAAAUUUUAGGUACCAAAAUGUAAUUUUCCAAUGAUAUUUUUCGUAUAAAAAAUUAAAUUUUAGGUACCAAAAUGCAAAAAAUAAAAAUUAUAGGUACUAAAUCGUAAUUUGCCAAUGCUCCAUGGAUCCAAUCCAUUAAUCCACCAAUCCAAUUGGAUUUGGAUAAAAUGGAUUGGAUUUAAAUGGAUUGAAUUAGGUGGAUAUUUUUAAUGGAUUGAUGGAUUGGAUUGGUGGAUCGGAUUAAAAUUGCCACCUCUAGACGAGUCGAUGCUUUUUUUUGUUCCACCCCGAUUGAAGCAUAAACUAACGCUCUCUUUUUGAAGGAGUAAAAUUAGCACAAGAAUAUGGUUCCGAAUGCAUGGCCCUAUUCGACUGCCAGGUGCUGGUUAAAGCGUUGAAUCAAAAUCAAGCAAGUUGGACGUGGCGGUGUGUUGCAUGGAUUGGCUCUAUUGUCACGAUUCUCAGGACAAACCCCUUUCUUUACCCUCUGUUUACGAAGAAGGGAGGAAAAGGAGGGGAGGUGAAGGAAAAUUAGGAGGGGAAGGGAGAUUUGGAAGUGAAGGAAAUUGGGAGGAAAAUGUUGUUUUAUGGAGGAAAGUGAAAGGAAAGUAUGUUUUGGAAAGUGUGAUGAAUAUGUUAUUUUAUUGGUUAUAUAAUAGUAAAAUAAUUUGAUUGUAUGUUAAUAUUUUACUUAUGAUACAAAAUGAGAGUUUUAAACACACAAAAUACACCGUAAGUUUGUAGUUUGCGAUUUAUGUCGUUUGUGUCUAUAAACUAAUGACACAUCUAAUAAUUAUAAAAUAUUUUA